UUUCAUUAAUUCGAUGAAAAAACCUCAAAUACGGACCUCUUUGGAAUAACGAUUUAAAAUUUGUAUUAUAGUAUAAUUAUGUCUUUGGUUUUAUCAUAUUGACGUAAUUUAAUACAAUCCAUGGCGUUUGUCAAUGUCAGUUGCAGAAGACGCAGUCCAUUAAAUGUUCUACAAUUUCAGUUCGCAAAGCAGACUUGAACAAGAAAAAUACUGCGUUCCGUACUGUUUUUUUUUCGUAACAAUUCAAAAUAUUUCUGAACUUAAGUUCAAUUGUAUUUAUCUGAAGUUAGUUUGGUUGUGCACACACAAUAUCACGGAUUUCGCUGAAGCCCGAAAGGGUCAAUGUUCAAGAUUUGAAAACAAAUGUAUUUCGAAGUUGAAGGACGAAAAUAAAUCAUUAAAAUUCAGAUUGAUGACUGGAGAACGGAAUUUGUUAUACCUUCAAACGAAAUUCGAUAAAUUGUACAACCAGAAACAACGCCAGAUAAAUGCACCGAGCAUACCCGAAUUGUAGUUGCAGUGAAGAAGAAAGUCUGUUUUCCAGUUGUGUUCAAGCACAAAAUGUCUACAGUUUUAU